UCCGGUGUUAAUGGUAUCAAACAAAUUCGAACUUCGAAUUAACCGAAAAAAAAUUGAAGACGAUGCUUAGAUGAUCAAUGGCGAUUUACAGAUCUCUGAGCAAGUUAAUUGCAAUCAAUCACCGUAAGACAAGACCAUUCUUCACCGCUGCCUCCGCCGCAGCUUCCGGCGGCGUCUUUUCUCCGAUCCAACCGUCUUUUUCGCCGCUGUUCCCACAUUUCUCGCACCGUUUGUCUCCGCUCUCGAAAUGGUUCGUCCCUCUUCAUGGACCUCUCUUUCUGUCUUCUCCUCCUUGGAAACUGCUCCAGUCUGCGACACCUUUGCAUUGGCGAGGAGACGGCGCUGUUCUCAGGAAGGUCGAGGCUCUAAACAUUAGAUUGGAUCGAAUUAGGAGCAGAACGAGGUUACGGUUGAAAUCGGUGGCAUCAAACGUGGUGACGGUGGAUCGCAAUUUGUCAAAGGAGGAAGAUGGAAGCAGAGAGAAUGGUGGUAUAAUCGAGAGUUUUGUGAAUGUGCCGAAUUCGAUAUCUAUGGCACGAUUAGUAUCGGGUCCUGUGCUUUGGUGGAUGAUCUCGAAUGAGAUGUAUACUUCUGCUUUCGUAGGGUUGGCUGUUUCUGGAGCUAGUGAUUGGUUAGAUGGUUACGUGGCUAGGAGGAUGAAGAUUGAUUCUGUGGUUGGCUCAUACCUUGAUCCUCUUGCAGACAAGGUUCUUAUUGGGUGUGUUGCGUUGGCAAUGGUGCAGAAGGAUCUCUUACAUCCUGGGCUGGUUGGAAUUGUGGUGUUCAGGGAUGUUGCACUUGUCGGUGGCGCAGUUUACCUAAGGGCAGUAAACUUAGACUGGAAGUGGAAAAAGUGGAGUGAUUUCUUCAACCUCGAUGGUGCAAGCCCUCAGAAAGUAGAACCAUUGUUUAUAAGCAAGGUAAAUACGGUUUUCCAAUUGGCUCUAGUUGCUGGCGCAAUCCUUCAACCCGAAUUUGGGAAUCCAGAUACACAGACAUGGAUCACUUAUCUAAGCUGGUUAGUUGCUUCGACGACUAUGGCUUCAACUGCAGCUUAUGGAGCACAGUACAUGAAGAAGAAACCUAUCUCUUUGGUUAAGAGAUCGUAGUUUCAAACAUUUUAUAAACUUCACACUCCAGCCACAUACCGAAAAAGCUUGAACAGGUCUUUGAUGUUUUCGGGAAUUUGCAGCUCCCACUGUUUUUUUCUGCUAACUUUAAAUAUAGAAAGAAGGUAGAGUAGUAACCAAAAGAAGCUUGUGAAACUUUGGAAAAACGAUGUCUUUUUUUCUUUUUCUGGUUGGUCUCCUGAGCUUCUUGCAAUGAUUUUGUCUGUAAAUGGGUGAUCUAUAAAAUCGAACCGAGAAAUAAAGUGACUAUUGGCACGUGC